CAGCCUUCCCAAAAGACUUUCCGCACGAAGCGCAUCCUCGCGAAGGCCUCGCGCCAGAACCGCCCCAUCCCCCAGUGGUUCCGUUUGAAGACGGACUCCAAGAUCCAGUACAACGCCAAGCGUCGUCACUGGAGACGCACCAAGCUCAACAUCUAA